UUCUACGGGCGAGUGGAGUGGAGUGGAGUUGUUGAUGUUGAGUUGGCAGUUUGGUCCGUAUGUGUUCUGUUUUUUUUAUCUAUAUGUUUUAAUAUAGUUAACAUGUACUCGGGCGGUUAAAUGUGCUAACAUUUGAAAGUGUUUCUGCUGUUUUGUAGCAGCGCAUUAGCUUUCCACUAAUGAUAAAUUGGAUAACGUGGCGUCUUCGUGUAUAGAAGGACGGUGUUAUUGAGUAGACAAUACUGCACAGACGAAGCAAUGAGGAAAGUGAACGUGGUCAUCCUUGUGCUACUUGGUGUGGCUUUCCUGAUCAUAAUACAACGAAAUCUCCUUAACCUCAGCGACUUUUUACACAAAGAAAUCACACAUGCUGGGGCCAUUCUUCCUUUUGAGGCUGAAUUAUCUUCAGACUUAAGAGUGGACGUGGAGAGAACAGGGGACGAGAUCCCUGUUGUCAUCAGUGCAGCUGAUGAGAGGCUUGGUGCUGUUGUUGCUGCCAUGAACAGCAUCUACCAGAACACCAAAGCCAAUGUUGUCUUCACCAUUGUGACCCUCAAUGACACGGUGGAUCACUUGAAGGUGUGGCUGAGUGUUCCUAGGCUAAAAAAUAUCAAAUAUAAGAUUGUUCUCUUCAAGCCAGAGCUUCUGAUUGGGAAGACACCUAAAAAUUCUCAGCUGGUGGAUACAACAAAACCGCUGACUUUUGCCAGAUAUUAUUUGCCUUCAUACCUGCCUGAGGCGGAGAAAGCCAUCUAUUUGGAUGAUGAUGUUAUUGUGCAAGGGGACAUUAAAGAUCUUUAUGAAACGAAUUUAAAAUCUGGACAUGCAGCAGCCUUCUCUGAUGACUGUGAUUCAGCUUCCACUAAGGGCAUUGUUCGAGGGGCGGGAAAUCAGAAUAACUACAUAGGUUUCCUGGACUUCAAGAAGGAUGCCAUUAAACAGCUCGGGAUGAGGGCCAACACAUGUUCAUUCAACCCGGGAGUCAUCGUAGCCAACUUGACCGAGUGGAAGAACUUGAACAUCACCGGUCAGCUUGAGCACUGGAUGGCGCUCAACACACAAGACGACCUGUACAGCAAAACACUGGCGGAGAGCAUCACCACGCCCCCGCUCCUCAUAGUUUUUUACAAGCGUCACUCUGCAGUUGACCCUAUGUGGCACAUCAGGCACCUCGGCACUACAGGUGCUGGAAACCGCUACUCUCCACAGUUUGUAAAAGCAGCUAAACUCCUUCACUGGAAUGGACACUAUAAGCCUUGGGGUAGGGGGUCCUCCUUCACUGAUGUGUGGGACAAGUGGUUCAUUCCGGACCCCACUGGAAAGUUUCAUCCAAUCCGAAGAUACGGGGGGGAGAAAUAGGACUGUGUGUAGUGAAUAUCAGAGCAGCCAAGCCAAUCCAGCACAAACACGCGUCUCUCAGGAUAUCUCAGGAACACAAGUACCGAAGCGAAAACCUUCAUUUGCCACUUCUGUUUUGAGUUCCAUCAUCAUCUGAUUUUAAACAUACAGUACAGUAGUUUGACAAUACCCUCACAUCACACCUGCUUUAGUAUUAACACAAUUAAUUAGUCGCUAGAUAUGACCAUACCUUAUGUCAAGCUUUUAAAAGUAAUACCCCGAUAGCGGUCUCAAACUUAAAAAAAAAAAUCUCAUGGCACAAUUAGGUAAUCAAUACAAAAUAAGCAUCCUCCAUCAUGGAUUGAGGACCUGUAUGUUUUGAAAUCCAACUUCUGCUAGUAAAAUACCCGGAUAAUAUGCAGAUGUCAUUAUGUGACAACAGGUAAUACAAUCUGUAUGCCAAAUGACGACUGAGAUAAAAUAAUAAUGGAUUAGAUUUUAUAGCGCUUUGCAAUUAAGUGACCCAUUACUCAUUCGUUCCUCAGUCACACACUGGUGGUGGUAAAAUACAUCUUUAGUCACAGCUGCCCUGGGGUGGUCUGACGGAAACGUGGCUGCCAAUUCGCGCCUACGGUCUCUCCGACCACCACCAAACAUUCAUUCGCAUUCAUGCACCAGUGUGGGUAGCACUGGAGGCACGGUGGGUGAAGUGUCUUGCCCAAGGACAUGACAUUGACUGGGUGGAGGGAGUGAGGAUGGAAGUGUUCUACCUCCUGAGCCUCUGCCGCCCAAAAUUUAAAUGUUUACAGUGCUCCGACUUGUUUUACUCUCAAGCAACAUGUUUCCCUCCUUAGGUAUCCAUUAAGUUGACACAAAUGCCCAUUUACCUCAGUUUAGUACUUCCUGUGGAAACGUUACAGGGUUUUUUUUAACGUCAUGUGUACAGGUUCAGAAUUUCAAGUUUAAAACAUUGAACAUUAAAAUUAUUUUUUUUUACAAACAAUGCAUUGUAAACGUAGCCAUUACAAUGUGGUUUUGAUUUAUACACAAACCACUAGCAAACACUUGCACAAAUGCAAUACAGUAUUAUUUCAUUCCACGCUGGUGUAAAUGUCAUUUUAUAUUGUACAUGAAAUAAAUCUUGCAUAUUUA